GUGCGUCACAAUGUAAUUUUAUACACGAUUUUAUACGAAUUAUUUUUAUGAACAUUUUAUAAAAUACAUUUUACACAACCUUAACACAUUCGAGAAGUAAGCAUAAAUUAUUUAGAUAAAUAAUCUUCAGAAACCUUCCUAUAAACAAUAAACAUGGAUCCUGGAAAGUGCACUUUCGGUAUACGUAUGCCAAUUAACAUUAACAUGUUGAACCAAAUUAUCUACAGGGAAUUGAAACAUUUUCGGAAUUACAAGAUCUAUAGACCUAACUUUAAAGCAACUCCUGUAACAUCCAAGUUCUACGCCGCGCACGAUCAGAUUGGCGAAGUAUCACGGGAGCUGGCUGAUAAAGAGAACAAUUACUGCAUCAACGUUGCCAAGUACAGGGCUAAAGGGCCGCGCAGUAACUACCCCUGGCCAGUUACUGACAAUCAAACGUACGGAUGGUUUAGCGAACCUCUUCUCAAGAUAGAUCGCAAUGAUCGUCGCCUUUACUACCCACUCCGGGAGAGUUCUCACACCAAGACUGAAAUGCAGAUCCAGAUGGCAAAUCCUAGGAAACAUUUAAAAUGAUCCAGUAAUUUGUACACAGUAAGUGCCCAUCGUUUUAGUUGGCACGUUGGGUAAAAGUGCACUAUUUUUGCGGCGUGCCAACUCAUGCGCUGCUGAUUAAACAUAUUGAUUUUUAAAUAUGUCCGCAGAUUAUUUAGC